GGAGGUGAAACAGGCUAGUAAAGCAACUAAACCCUCAUGGAUUGCACGCGUUGAUGAGAUUUCAUUUAAUCUCCCAUAGAAAAAUGACUAGUCAACCACCAGUCCAGGAAAUGAGGUAGUCGGCUGUAGUCUAGUCCCUGAGUGAUCAUCCGUUGGCCUCCUUUUUCUACGCCUCCUCCGCCCUCUUUUCUACCUCUUCCUCCCUCUCUUUUCUCUUCCCUCUUUCUCUCUUUCUCUCUCUCACCCCACGCACUCGCUGUUUCACCUUUACAAUCCCGGUCUCCGCGCCGAUUACGUUCUUUAUCUCGACACAGUCGAUCAAUCCCGUCAAUUCGUCACUCUUUUUGACACCAAUAUAAACUCAGCGCAAAUCAAUUCUCCGCCAAUCUCGAGCCCUCUACACACACACACACACACACAACAAAUCCAUAAACCACCCGUCAAUCAUUCAUCAUGCGUGUCUCUUCAGCUGCUGUCGUCGCCUCCCUGGCUGCCGGUGCCAUCGCGACCGAGUACAAGACCGUCGUUGUGACUGAGUAUGCCACUUACUGCCCUCAGGCCACUUCUCUGGCUGCCGGUCCCGGUACUGCCAGCCAGGGUAACCCCUCUGCUGCUCAGCCUUCCACCGUCACCAUCUCCGGCACUGCCUACACCUACAGCACUCCUCUGGUCACCUCCACUGUGACCCACUGCGACAAGUGCUCUGCCACCGCUGCUCCUGCCACUGAGACCGGUGUUGCUGUUGUCACUGGCACUGGUGCCACUCCCAGCACGGGCUCGGGCUCGGGCUCGGGCUCCCCUAGCUCCGGCUCCGGCUCCGAAGCCUCCCCUAGCGGUGCUGAUGCCGUUGGCACUGGGCCUACCCCCAGCUCCGGUUCCGGCUCGACCCCCGGAUCCACUGGUUCUGAGACCUCCCCCAGCGGUGCCUCCUCUGGCAACACUGGUUCUACUCCCAGCUCCGGCUCGGGUUCCUCCGGUUCUAGCACCGGCUCUGAGUCUUCCCCCAGCGGUGCUUCUUCCGGUAGCACUGGCUCUACCCCCAGCUCCGGCUCUGAGACCUCCCCCAGCGGUGCUUCUGCCGUUAGCGGUGGUUCCCCCAGGGAGCCCACCCCGAGGGAGUCAAGCCCACCCCCGGCCCCAGCGGAAUCUUCUCGACCCGCCCCAUGAUCCCCUCCGGCCGUCCUUCUUCCAAGCCCAUCCCCUCCGCCUCCGCCAGCCCCGUGGCCAGCGCUAGCUCCAGCUCCAGCUCCUCUUCCUCCAGCACCGGCUCCUCCCCCGAGGGUGUUUCCGCCCAGGGCACUGGCUCCAGCUCCGGUUCUGCCACCAGCCCCUCCGCCCCCGUCUUCACUGGCGGUGCU